AUGUCGAGCUCGGUCGAGAAGUCAGUCAAAGGCGGUACCAAGGUCAAGCUUGCACCGCCCAAGUCCAAAUAUGUCGAACACAUUCUCCUGGCCACGUCUGGGGGUGAGGCCGGAGUGGCCGAGAUCUUCCGUACACUGAAGGAACGCCUACGCGACACGACCUGGACAAUCUGCUUCAAGGCCCUGAUCAUUGUGCACCUGAUGAUCAAGGAAGGAGAACGAGACGUGACACUCAAGUACCUGGCCGAUGCUCCUAAGAACCGUCUGGCCAUCAACAGCUAUACCGAUGUCCAGACACAGGGUCAGAACAUUCGACGAUACUCCAACUACCUCAUCCAGCGCGCAGAGUCAUUUGCAGACACCCAUGUCGACCAUAUCCGCAAUCCUGGACGCAUGAAGACCAUCUCGAUUGCAAAGGGUCUGCUCAGGGAGACAGAAGCCAUCCAGGACCAGAUCAGGGUUCUGAUUAAAUGCGAUCCUCUGGAGAACGAGCCCGAGAAUGACAUCUCUUUAAUGGCAUUCCGACUGCUCACCAAAGAUUUGCUCGACCUAUUCACCGCCAUGAACGAGGCUGUCAUGAACAUACUGAGCCAUUACUUCGAACUGUCCAAGCCGGACGCCGAACACGCCAUUGGCAUCUACAAAGCCUUCGCAAAGCAAACAGAUCAAGUCGUCCAAUACCUCAGCAUCGCGAGACAGUACGAACACAUCACCAAGCUCGAGAUUCCCAAGAUCAAGCACGCCCCUACCAGUCUGGCCAACUCCCUGCAAGAAUACAUUGACGACCACGACUUUGAGACCAACAGACGCCAAUAUCUGGCAGAACAGCAGGUCAAGUCUGGCAAGCCGAUCAAGCCUUCCAAGUCUGUCAGCUUCAAUGAAUCAACAAGAGAAAAUGCCACAGCUGCUUCAUCUGCACCGUCUGCCCCAUCUGCUGCUUCUCAACCACCCGCCAAACGCCCUGCUCCCGAUCUUAUCGACUUCUUUGGGUCCAUCGAAGACCAGCAACAGCCCGUGGCUCAGAACCCUGCCCAACAAUAUGGCCAGCCUACUGGUCAGCCCUUCGUUCAAGGCUACGGUCAACCAAUGGUAGACCCAGCAUUCCAGGCAGCUCAGUCGACGAAUCCUUUUGGUGCUCCACAGAAUCCGCAGUUGAUGGCUGCACCUACUGCUCAGAUCCAGCCACAAUUCACUGGUGCCGGCUUUGGUGGAUACGGUCCCCAGCCUCAGCAGCAAGUGCAGCCUCAACAGACUGGCUUUUCAUCUAAUCCAUUCCAACCGGCUAUCCAGCAACCCUUCCAGAGCCCGCCACCUCUGCAACAAUCUACAUUCCCGCAGCAGGACCCUUUUUCUGUGCAGCAACAGCAGCAGCAGCAAGAUCCUUUCGGCAUGCAGCAACAACAACAACAACAACAACAACAACAACAACCACAACAACCCACACAUAUGCAGCCACCACCGCAACAAAUCCAGCCACAGGCAACCAAUCCUUUCCGCCAAUCUAUGAUGCCCACUGGUCAGAUGAAUGGAUUCAUGCAACCUCAGCAGACAGCUCAACCCCAGCAGCGUCAGACCAGUAACCCCUUCGCAAGACUCUCUCCCCAACAAGACCCUAUGCAAACUGGCUUCCAGCAGCAACAGCCGUUACAAGCACAACCUACAGGAACGAACCCCUUCGCGAAGCAAUCUCCUCAAAUACCUCAAGCGACUGGACAAGCAGCAUCCUUCCUUACGCCCGCAGCCACAGGCAGCACCAACCCAUUUAGACAGUCAAUGUUUGUAAAUCAACAAACUGGACAGGGUUGGCAGAACACUCCUCAAGCCAGCAUGGGUGGUUGGGAGCAGCUCGAGACAGUUCCCGUCUUUCCUCGACCUGGACAAUAA